AUGAGGAGGCUCCUCGGCAGCAGCUGGAAGAAAUUUGGGCACGCUGACAGGGGAAACUACGACUGGCUCAACAGUGACUCAGGUGGGCCACUUCUGGAAACAGAGCUUCAGAGCACACAACAGACAAGUUCAACCAAAGAUGACAUAGAACCAUUUCUGUGCAUCAUAUUGCCUGCCACCAUGAUGCUCUUCCUGGCAUUCCUGCUGCUCUUCCUGUACCGCCGCUGCCAGCACCCCACUCCUCAGGGGCAGAUCUUCAGCAUCGACCUCCCUGAGGCCCUGCCUGAGCAUGAUGUGUCCAAUUUCCUUUCUGUGUUGCCCUGGACCAGCGAACAGAGCUUCCAAUACUCCACUCUGGUACCUGAUGCCACAUUCCUCAGUGUGUGUCUGCCUCCAUCCUAUGAGGAGGCCACCAUGAAGACUUCCAAGAAUGAGGCUCACAUUGAGCUCUCUCCAGAUCCAGUGCCUCCUUACGAAGAGAGCACACUGCAGUCCAGCAGCACCAAAUAAACUUCCUAUGGAAGCACCCUAGCUGAAGCACACAGCCCCUCAAGGCACUAAUGCAGAACUGUGAUGGCCUUUAAAACAAACAAAAAUAUUCCAAAUGAGGCACCAAGCCAAUGAAGAAUCUUGGAGUAACAGGGAGUGAGUGUCUUCCUCUCAUCCUAGGAUUCUCUAACUUCCAUUGCUGACAAGGAAACACACAUAGCGUAGCACCAGACGAUCCCAGACUGGUAACAUGGAUAUUCCAGUUAAUAAAGCAUGUCAUGCAGGGAUCAGACUUAAGGGCAGGUGGGAAGAUGUCCUUCUUCAGUCCCUCAGCCACAAGGAAAUAUAAAUUCUGAUAGAGAUUCACAAGUCACCAAAAAAGGGCUUUUAUCUCAUACCUAUUUUGGUGUGGUUUUCCUCUCUUUUUAUGUGUUUAUUUGUAAUGGAAUCAUAGAAUCAACCAGGUUGGAAGAGACCUCCAAGAUCAUCCAGUCCAACCUAUCACACAGCCCUAGACACUCAACUAGACCAUGGCACUAAGUGCCUCAUCCAGGCUUUUCUUGAACACUUCAA